AUAUACCCGCCGAAAGAGCCAUUUGCCUCACUAAGUGUAAGGCAUCCAUAGAGUUCUUCCUUUUUCACUCCAUCCACACUAUACAAAGAUGAAGUUCUCCGCUGACGUUAGCUCCUCUCGCAGAAAGAGCAGAAAGGCUCACUUCUCUGCCACCUCUGAUGUCCGUCGUAAGAUCAUGAGUGCUCCUUUGUCCAAGGAACUCAAGGAAAAGUACCAAACCCGUGCUAUCCCCGUUCGUAAGGAUGAUGAGGUUAUGGUUGUUCGCGGUACCUACAAGGGCCGUGAAGGUAAGGUUGUCCAAGUCUACCGUAAGAAGUGGGUUAUCCACAUUGACCGUGUCUCUCGCGAGAAGGUUAACGGUGCCACUGCCCCCAUUGGUAUCUCUCCCUCCAAGGUUGUUAUCACCAACCUCAAGUUAGACAAGAGCCGUGUCGCCAUUCUUGACCGUAAGGGUAAGAAGGAGGCCAUGAAGCAGUAAAUUCGCUAAAAAACCUCUUCCUUUCUAAUUUUAUUUCGACGUCAAUUUUGAAAAUAAAUAUCAUCCCCAUGUUUCUUUGAAUAGAUUUCCUACUUGAAAGUGUUGUAAACAUAUUUUUUUUAAUUUUUGAUCUUUCCAUCCUUAAAACAUCGACGUCAUUUGUGACAAUUUUUAUGUCUGUGUGUGUGUGCGUGUG